UCAUCUGUUGUCAAACAAGAGUUAUUAAUGCCUAAUAACGAGAAACCUGUUUCCGACUCACCUUGUGAACGCUACAUUGGUGUCAGAAGUGGGAUUCAACCUCAAAAUUGUAAACAACAAUGGCGGCGCCCAUCAACCAGCAGCAGCCGCCGCCGGGUCCGUGAAAACACCCAAAUACUCGGGUAAGGCAGACUGGGAGGCUUUCCAUGCCCAAUUUGAAAUACUUGCACAUGCCGGGGGGUGGUCAAUAGAGACUAAAGCACUACAGCUAGCUUUGUGCCUCACAGACGAGGCUCUUUCAUGUCUGCUACUGCUUAGCCCUGUGGACCGACUCAGCUAUGAAGCGUUAGCGGGGGCUUUGAAGAGGCGGUUUGGACAGUGUUUCCCGCCAGAGCUGCUCCGGAACGAGUUGAGUAACUGCUGUAGGGAGUGUGGAGAGACGCUGCGUGCGUUGGCUAACAACGUGGAGAGCCUGACGCGGCGGGCGUAUGCACACAUGCCACCCGGAGUGCAGAGUGAGCUGGCACGUGAUCAAUUCAUCAGGGCUCUCCGCCCUGCGGACUUGAGGGUCGAGGUACAGCUGCAGCAUCCACAGUCCUUGCAGGCGGCCUUGGAGAUAGCUGUGGAGAGAGAGAACGUGUGGAGUGGAGCUGCUAGGAGCAGCGGAGUGCCGGCAGCACCGGCUGUGAGGAGCUGCAGGGAGGAGGAGAAGCCUGCAUGGGUUACCGAGAUGACGGAAAUGAUAAGGGCUGUUUCUCUGCAGCCAACACACAGACCAAGUACCAGGGUCUGCUGGGGGUGUGGUCAGCCAGGACAUUUGGCCAGAGACUGCCCCAAGGCACCCCGGGCCCAGGGAAACGACGGGGGGCCCGCAUAAAGGAGAAUAUGUGGAACCAAGCCCAAAGACUCCCCAACCAAACCACAGCUCUAUUGCCACCGACUCAGACAUCCGAGGAAGGAGCCCGACAGCACAGCCGGGGGAGCCAGACUCUACGCUCUCCUGAAGAAGAUGACAGCACAGGCGUGGAGCCUGUCGUCGCGGUGGGCCGUGCUGGUGGGGACUCCUGCUAUGUCCCUGUCGAUGUGGAAGGGGUGCCCUGCGCUGCACUGGUGGACACAGGCUCUACAGUAACCCUGGUGAGAGCAGAUGUGUUGCCCAGUGGGACUAUGUUCGAGCCGACAUCGGUGCGUCUACGCACAGUCACAGGAGAGUUGGCGGCUAUGAAAGGAAGAGGCGUGCUGUCUGUGUCGGUGGGGGGAGUUGAAGUGCGGCACCCCGUGUGGAUAGCGGAUGUACAGGACCCGUGUAUUCUGGGUUUGGACUUUUUGAAGGCGACGGGCUGCCUCCUGGAUCUUCAAGCAGGCACAGUGAGUUUCCGGGUGGGGCCUGUGAUUACUAUGACCCGUAUCCACAACCCUGCUGAGCCUGCGGGGAGACCCCCUACACCCACCGUGAGUACCCUAGAAAUCGAGGAAAACCCUCUCUCCGUUCCGGUAUCCCCGGUGACGCCCACUCAGGACAAUUCCCCACCUGUCACCCCCGGACUGCGCCACCCGAGCACAGCCCCCCCCCAGUUACCCCAGACGGAGGUAGAAGAGGCUCAGUCUGCAGUAUUGGAGGUGUGGAGGAAGAACUGUGGCGGCCUAAAUCCCGAGCAGCAAGAGCAAUUGGGGCAGCUUCUGCUAGAGUUCCAGGGCAGUUUUGCCAUGAAGGAGGAGGAGGUGGGCCGAACGCAUCUGGUGGAACACGAGAUUGAUACGGGGGACUCGCGUCCCAUCAGGUGUCGCCCGCGCCGACUUCCCCUGGCUCGUCUCCCCUUACCCACAAUUUAAAACGAUGUUUUCCACUGUAGAGAAGGAUGGUCUCUCACCUUUCUCAUCAUGUGAGCUGCGGCCUGCCAUCCCCGGGUGCCGAUGUGCUUGUUGGAGGAGAUGUUGAGAUGUGUGGCGGACUCGUAGUACUCGAUCAUGUCAAACAGAGCUGACGCACCCUGAGGAGCACAGAUGGAAAAUAAGAGGAACAUAUUAUUUACAUUUCAGAUUGAAAUCAUACAGUUUUAAACAAAGUCGCUGUGUCAAAGUCCUUAAAGGGAUGUUAGGUGAUAUAAUGUGGAGCAGCUGUAGUUGCCACGGUAACAGUCCCUGGGAGUAGGUGAGGUACGGUCUAUAGUUGCAGAUAAAAAGUGAGUGGACCUUUGAAAAAACUGCUACCGUCUUCUAGAUAUCAUUCGGAAUGAAAGUUAGAGUAGGGCUGUGACUGACUUA